AUGUAUCCACAGAAUUGUAAUAUAAAAUUUUAUAACUAUCAGCAACCUAUAGAACUAGAGAAUAUAAAAGAAAGACAAAAAUGUCAAAGUUUCGUAAAAACAGUUCUUUACAUAAAAAAAAUAUCUCAUUUUUCAUGUAUCUCAGCAAUAAAACAAAAUUUUAGGAAAAAUUCAGGAAUAAUUAGCAUAGAUAUAUUGUCUUUAGGAAAACAAAUGAUAGUAAAACAUGACACAAGGAUAAUAAAUACUAAUAAUCUUAUAUAUGAAAUAGAAAACCUAGGUAUUAAAACAUCUUUUAUUAGUAGCGAAAUUCUUUACGAAACAUGUGACAAUAAAAAUACUACAAAAGAGAAAAUAAUCAAAUUGAAAAUAACUGGAAUGACAUGUGCUAGCUGUGUGAACUCAGUAGAAACAACUUUAAAAUCAAUUAAUGGAGUUACUGGUGUUAUUAUUAACCUUGCAACAAAGGAAGCAAAAAUUAAUUAUUGUCCUAGCAUUGUAGAUAUUCAAUACUUAAUUCAAAUUAUAAAAGAUAAGGGAUAUACUACUGAAAUAUUGGACUUUAAUAAUAAUGAAGAAAAACGAAAAAAUUUUUCUAAAACAAAAUGUACAAAAUCAUGGAGAAAUUCUUUUAUAAAAUGUCUCAUUUUUACUAUCCCUUUACUUUUUUUUGAAAAAAUUGCACCAAAAUUCAAAACCUACAACAAAAUAGACAAUACAAUAAUUUUUUUUCCAGGACUUUUUUUUGGGGAUAUUUUAUCUUUAAUUUUAACACUUCCAAUUCAAUUUGGUAUUGGCAUACGUUUUUAUAAGUCUGCAUUUAACUCAUUGAAACAUAAAAUAUUAACAAUGGACACUUUAAUAUGUUUAGGAACAUAUAUGGCAUUUUUUUUUUCUAUUUUAUCUAUAUUAUUAUCUAUUUUAACAUAUCCUCAUAAACGACCAACAACUUUUUUUGAAACAUGUUCAAUACUCCUUACAUUUGUUACUCUUGGGAGAUAUAUUGAAAAUAAAGCCAAGAGUCGUACAACAGAAGCUUUAUCUAAAUUAAUGUCAUUAAGUCCAUCAUUUGCAACAAUUUAUAUAAAUGACACUGAUACAUCAACUAAAAAAGAAUUAGUAGUUCUUACAGAAUCAUUAAAAACUGGUGACACUGUAAUUGUUCAUCCAGGAGAUAAGAUACCAGCAGAUGGAAUUAUUAUUUCCGGAGAAUCUUAUAUAAACGAAAGUAUGAUAACAGGGGAAUCCAAACAUAUUUAUAAAAAACAAGGGAGUGAGGUUUAUUCAGGAACAGUGAACUACACAGGAAGAUUUGAAUUUCAAGUAACAAAAGCAAGAGAAAAUACAAAACUCUCACAAAUUUUAUAUCUUGUACAGGAAGCACAAACUUCACGAGCUUCUAUACAAAAAUUUGUAGACAAAGUAGCUUCCUUUUUUGUUCCCUUAGUGCUUUUUCUUGGAAUUAUAACAUUUAUUGUAUGGGUAAUAUUAAGUUAUACUUUAUCUCAUCUUCCAAAAAUUUUUGAUUCCGAUAAAUAUGGAGAAAAAGUCAUCAUAUGUGCUAGACUUGCAAUAUCAGUCAUUGUCAUAGCAUGUCCGUGUGCUCUUGGUCUUAGCACACCAACAGCAAUCAUUGUUGGUACAGGGGUUGGAGCAGAAAAUGGAAUUUUUUUUAAAAAUGGAAUUGUUUUAGAAACAGUAUCAAAGAUUACAAAAGUAAUUUUUGAUAAAACAGGAACAUUAACUAUUGGAAAUAUGUGCGUGCAUAAAGUAGAAAUAUCAAAUUUAUGGAAAAGUUCAGAAAUAUUAUGGUGGAAAUUACUAUUUAUUUCAGAACAAGGAUCAGAGCAUCCUAUUGGAAAAGCAAUUGUAUUAAAAGCUCAAAAGGAACUUGGUUUAUCAAAUGAAAAACUUAUAAAUUAUACAACAAUAUCAUUUGAAGCUGUUAUAGGAUAUGGAAUUAAAUGUUGUAUACUUUUACCUGAUUAUACAAAAGAAAAUAUAGAAUUAGCAAUUGGGAACAAAAAAUUUAUUAGAAAAAUACUUGAAAAUGAAAACGAAGAAAUUCUGAAUGAAAAACAAGAAGAUAAUUUGAAUAAAGGAUAUACACAUGUUUAUGUAGCAAUUAAUAAAAAAUUUUCAGGAUGGAUUUCUUUAACCGAUAUUACUAGAACUAAUGCUGCUCAAGCUGUAAACGCACUUAAACAUAUGAAAAUUGAUGUUUUAAUGGCAACAGGUGAUAAUCAUGAUAUAGCACUGAAAGUUGGUAGAAACUUAGGUAUAUCAAAAGAUAAAAUUUAUUCAUCUAUUACGCCUGAAGAAAAACGUGAUUUAAUUGUGUAUUUUCAAUCUCAAAAUGAAACAGUAGCAAUGGUGGGAGAUGGUAUAAAUGAUUCGGCUGCUUUAGCUGCAGCAAAUAUAGGAAUAGCUUUAUCAACAGGAAGUAACAUAGCUAUGGAUGUAGCAGAUGUUAUUUUAACACAUUAUAAUUCAAUUCUUGAUGUUCCUGCAGCAAUACAUCUUUCUCGCUCAAUUUUUAAUAGGAUCAGAUUAAAUAUACUAUGGGCAUCCAUAUAUAAUAUGGUAAGUAUUCCUUUUGCAAUGGGUGUUUUUCUACCGUUUGGUAUUUACAUACAUCCUAUAAUAUCAGGUGCUGCUAUGGUAUGUUCAAGUAUCAGUGUUGUUUUAAGUAGUUUACUUUUACGUCUUUGGCGUCGUCCAUCCUGGUUAACUGAUAUUGACAUAAAUGACAACACAAAUAAUUUUAAAUCAUUUAUAUCAAGAUUCAGAAAUUGCAAUAUUUUUUAUAUUUAUAAAAAAUAUAAACCUAUUAAUGACAUCGAAGUUUAA